AUGAUGUGCGGUUCAUUCUACGGAUGCGCAUUAGACAAGACGCUUUACAUAUUAGACACUCCAACAAGAUUCCAUCGUCAUGCGCCUACACAAAGUCUAUCACUGGUUCUCUCUCUUUUCCCUCACUUCACCCCCUUUUCUUCCUCAUCCAUCUUCAACCCUCUUCACUUCUUAUUCCCCAUCUUUUUUCUAUCUUCCAAACGUUGUCGAAUAUCAUCAUCAACACCGCCUUCCACCCUCAACCCUUUUCUUCAAACCAUGUCUACCUCACAAUUACACAAUCUUGUCCCUCUUGCCGCAAUCGCUACCGAAGACGCUACUGGUCCUAAUGGGUCAACAGCUACGCCUGAAGAUGAUGAAUUAUACAGUGGAUACCAUCUUCCUCCAGCAGAGAUCAGAGAUAUUGUUGAUGCUCCACCACUACCAGCUUUAUCAUUUUCUCCACAGAGAGAUAAAAUUUUGUUCUUGAAGCGAAGAUCUUUACCUCCAUUGUCAGAAUUUGCGAAACCAGAGGACAAGCUUGCAUGCGUUGGUAUUGAUGGGAAAUCUAAUAGCCGCAGCAGGAUGUCAUUCUAUACUGGUAUUGGGAUCCACGAUCUAAGAGAUGAUGGCACAUUAGGCCCAGAAAAAUUGAUACAUGGCUUUCCAGAUGGAUCUAAACUCAAUUUUGUUACAUGGUCAACUGAUGGUCGUCAUUUAGCCUUCAGCAGCAUCCAGAGGAAAGCCACCAAAGAAACCGUUAGUCCUAAAAUCCAAUCCAAUGAGCAGAAAACUGUUGUUCAAGUUCGAACCUUCCAAGAUCUUCUUAAAGAUGAAUAUAAUGAAGAUCUGUUUGAGUAUUAUGCCACCUCACAGCUUCUUUUUUUGGUUUCUUUAGAUGGGAGUCUGAAGUUAUUUGGGGAGCCAGCUCUGUACACAUCACUUGAUCCCUCCCCUGAUCAGAAAUACAUUUUACUUACUUCGCUUCAUAGACCCUUCUCUUUUACUGUCCCAUGUGGCAGAUUUCCCAAAAAGAUUGAUCUCUGGUCUGCUGCUGAUGGAAAGUUUUUUAGGACAUCCCAAUUGCUUUUAACAGUGUCCGAAAAGGCAUGCGCUCCUUGA